ACUUUCCGAUUUAUUCAAAAAAUUGUUUCAGAUUAAAUUCAGUUAAAAAUUGUUUAAUAAUGAAGGUGUUAAUAUUUCUUUUUGUUGUAAUCGCGUCCGAUGUUUACGGGAUCCCGGAUUAUUUCCCGCAUUGCAAGAAGAGUGACCCACAAAUAGAGAAAUGUUUUCUGGACGCCGUGGAGACUAUGAGGCCGAAACUAAAGGGCGGGAUCCCAGAGGUCAACAUUCCUGCCCUAGAUCCCUUCACAGUCCCUACUUUGAAGUUAGAUAGGACCGCGUCAAACCUGCGACUGAAAGCAAAUCUCAGGAAUAUGAAGGCUUUCGGUGGUUCUAAUUUCAAGAUUGAAAAAUUCAAGUUAAAUCUGAACAACAAGUACUUGGCCGAGGUACGGCUGUCGAUCCCUAAGCUCGUCGUGGCGGGUGACUACGAUGUACGCGGCUCCCGCAUUCUGACUGUUGAUAUCAACGGCAAGGGCAAGAUCAGGGGCAACUUCAGUCGAAUAUACGUAGUCGCAAAGGGACUUGCGAAACCAAUUGUAAAAGACAACGUCGAGUAUCUCCAAGCUGAUAAAAUUAUCACAAAAGUAAAGAUUGGUCACGGUCAAAUAGCACUAGAGGAUUCUGAUAGUCCCGCUGCGGCAACAUCUGCAGCGACUUUCUUCAACGCCAGUCCGGGUGUCGUUUUGGAUAUACUGACGCCCCUUAUAGAGGAGACAACGGCCGCCGUGCUGAAGGCAUUCCUCAACAAAAUACUGGGCAGCAUACCUGUUAAGGACAUAUUAACUGACGAAACAAAUGCCUCGUAAUUUUUUCAACUUUAACACGUUUAAUGCUACGUCGAUUUUCACGUGCUAAGUGACUUAGAGCGAGUCGGUUACAAUGGAUCUGUUAAGUGUAGAUCAGAUUACGAAAAUAACUUCGAAUAAUAUAAUUUAAGUUAUUUAUAAGUAUAGUAGUUACCAAGCAAUACGUCUCUUAAAAAGACCUAAAAAUGUGUAUGUAAUAUGAACAUAUUGGACAAAACCGAUAAAUAAAAAUCUA